GAUGUUCUUUCCGCGCACGUGUACGCGGUUGUUUUCGUUUUAAUUCUUAUAUUUUAUUCAUUUUAAAACAGUAAUUCAACAGGUUGAAGUAUAUAAUGGCCAUUCAACCCAAUCGGCGCAAAAGAAAACAUGCUGAGGCAACUGCCGGAGCGGAGGAACAACAGGAUGAGGGCGAAUUGGCAGUGCCCAAGAAACUGGCCAAAGAAUCAGACACACCACAGAAACAAAAGAAGAAGAAGAAAUCCAAAGAGUCCCAAAUUGCUCCAAAUGAUGAGGAUAUGACAGAAGCCGUCGCUCCAGCAGAUGAGCAUCAAGAAGAAGAAGAGGAAACGCAACAGGUAGAUUUGGCCGGUUCUACUUCCAAAAAAUCAAGACACAAGGAGGACAAUGAGGCCGAAAUCAGCCCCGACUCUGGCAUUGAGCCGGAGGAGAAAGCUGCUCAUGUCCAAAGAUUUCCCAACGAUUUCAAAAUGCUUAAUUUCCGUACCAAAUUGCGCGGAAACAAUUUCAUUACAGAAUUGCGUCACUUCCUGCACAUGUGUCAAACCACACGGCCUAAACUGGUGGCCAAGUACAUUGAGAAGCGUGGCAAGCCCUUGGAAUUGGCCGAAGCCUUUGAAAGGAUCGACAAGAAUAAUAUUUUGCAUGUGGACUAUCUAACGGAGGCGCUGCAUCGUGUUGUAAUGGAGAUAUUGAGCAAUCAAAAGAGUCACAUGGAAUCGGCUGCCCAUGGCUGUCGUUAUUUCCUCAAAUCUCAUGGUGGUGUCCUUGAGCAGCUGUUGCAAUCGACGAGUCCAAGUCACCGAAGGAACGCCCUAAAACUGCUUACGGCCAUAGUUUGUGUGGAACCGCAACUGGGACGCCAGGUUCUAAACUCCUAUGACAUACUAUCGAAUGUUAAGACAAUGGAGCAGAUGCUGUCCCACUCCAAGAACGACUACAAGAACGAGGAGACCGUGAGGAAAGCCUAUAUACACUUUGUCUUGGCUUUUCUGGUAGAUGGCAAUAGCUUGCUGAUCCGUAAUAUAUUGGAUCGUGGACAAUUGAUUGGUGUCCUGGCAAGAGGAUUAGUCUAUGACGAUCAUGUCACAGUCUGUGUAGUUGUUAAUGCUUUGCGGCAAUAUGUACUGGAAAAUCCUGAUAUACAAAAGACCAAGAAGGUUUUAGUUUUCGAUCUAGAGUGCCUCAAGAAUCUGCGAAGACUCUAUGACUGGCUUGGACCAAAGGGCUUGCACGCGAUGUAUUGCAAAAAGCAGAAAGAAGAAGAAGUGCCAGAGGUCGAGGUAAAGCCCGAGGAAAGGCAGGCCGUCGCUUCAGCUGUUCAUGAACUAUUGCUCAUGCUGCUUACAUCAAGGAAAUAUGGCAUCACCUUCGAUGCCAUGACCCAUUACAGAGAGAAGCACAAUAAGGUGCAGGGCCGGCUAUUGGGAUCACUUGAUAAGCCUUUCAACAAUCCGCUUAAAUGGGAAUUGGUCUUAAAAACUCUAACCGCCUGUCCGGAUUUGGGACGAGCCUCUGUGAGAAACUUCUCGGUUCUGAUUAAUAAAGCCAAAAUACCUCGGAAGGAUAUCCCCAAGGCCUGUGAAUUUCUGGCCGAAGUUAUAGCCACCCUUCCACCCAGCUCUCUGGGUGCAGCCAUGGAUAAGAUGACUCUAACCGAUCUUAGCUUCUGGAUUAAACAAAUUUGUUUACCUGUCGAGGCUAUGAUCCAGAUUGUUGGUCGAGAUCUUUUGAGAGAAGAUAAUUUUGCCAUUCGCCUGGCUACCAAUCGUUUACUCCUCUCCAUGAUGCAACAAUAUAGCAACUAUAUGCAGGCAAUCGAACUGAGAGAGCAGUCAAAAAAAGCUGGCAAUUCGUUGCGUAAAUUUAAAUUUGACUUGUUGAACCAUUUGCUUAUCAAUUUUCCCAACAUAGACGUCAUCCUAUACUCGCUCUAUAUGAGCAUUCAGAAGCAAAAGGAUGAAGAUGUCGAUGUAUUGGAGCACCUGUCCGUCACACUAGAUUUGAUUUUGAUCAUGUGCAAAGAGAAUAAAGCAUUCGUUAAGAAGACAAGUCAAAUUCUGGACUAUUUGGAUGUGCUGCGUCCCCUCUACGAGGCUAACUUUGAUAAAUUGAAGAACAAUGAGGAUGAUGAUAAAAUCAAAUUGGAAUUAAAGUCAAUCAAGACGAUAUUAAUGCUCUUUCCCCUUUCGUUGGAUCCAAAAGAAAAACUCUUCGAGAAGGUCUUCCGUUCGUUUGUCAAGGCCUACAUGCUUGAGGAUGUGGCCAUUAAAACAGAAGCUGGAAAUCUAUUAAAUCGACUGUUCCGUAAUACAGGAAUAUUCGAUUCCUGUCGCCAUGAGAUUGACAUUUGGCUGGAAUCUUUGGUAUGUUUCGAUGCCCACGUUGCGGACAAUGUAACCGAUAUUCUGCUUACCAUUCUGAGUCUGGAUUGGACCGAGAUCACAUUGCCCGAAUUGGAUAUGGCCGAGACAGCGAGUAAUGUAAAGAAUCUUGGUAAAUUAUUUACCCAAAUCGAACAGGGACAGACAGUGCAGGCCUUUGUAGAGACUUUAACACUAAGCAAGAUGAUGCCUCUUCUGCUUGAGGGUGUCUCGCUAGAGGAACCCUAUGAUGCCUAUGUCGAAUUGGUGUUUAUACUGCUCUUCCAUUACCACACCAAACCGGAACAGGUUUUCCGUCUUUAUAAUGGACAUUUAACCAAAUACAAGAAUUAUCUAGAGAGUUGGCUAACAACUGGAGGACAGAUAAAAUCUCUGCCCAAGGCCGUCAGCAAAAUUUGGCCAGACUUGAAUCAACUUUUGGAGGAAAUCAGUAAACCCAAAGAUGGAAAAGUUCUCGAGUUGAUUUUUAAACCCAAAGAUGAGCAGAAAAUCUUUAAACUAGAACUGGAGGAGGGCAAGAACUUGCAAUUUGACUCUAGUUUAAGCAAUCCACGACGGAAUCAUAUCUAUGUACAGGAGCUGCUCUUUGUUCUGACUCAAUUGUUUAACCAACAAUUGCUUACCCAGCAACAGGCUGAAUUAAUUGCAGAUUGUCUGAUACGCUUCCUACAAAUCGCACGCCAAUUGGAUGGCAAUCUAUUGGAGCCAGGCAAACUCCAGAAUUUGGAUGAGGAACAGCAUGUGGAAAGUCAUACCGAAAAUCUAUUGCACUACAUCUACAGCAUACGACUGAGUCAGCUGCGCCUCACCCAGUUGCUUAGUGAGACGAAUGAAACGCAUUUAAACUAUAUAAUCUUCCUAAGACGAUUGACAGAACAUUGUCGUAGUCUGCCCGGAUUCGCUAGCCAUACAGCCAACUAUCGUCUGCAAUUGACCAAGUCACUGGAAAUUGGUCUGGCCACAUCCAGUGUGGAUUUGGAUCAACAACAGUUAAUGGAGUGUGUGUCCCUGGUCGAUGCUUUUGAACUGAAUGCCAAGGAGUGCGGAGAUAUGUUGGACUUGCUUAUGACUAAAGCCACAGCGAAGGAUUACUUUGUGGCUCAGAGGCAAAAUCAUUAUUACGAUUUACUCUUGCGUCUGCUGACACGUCUGGCCACGAUAAAAGAACCCAUAGAUUGCUCUCAGUCGACAAUUAAACUUUGUUCCUUGUAUAGAGAUUUAAAUACGCAAAGUGAAUCCCAGCUGGAACCACUGGAGACUGCUUUUCUGCAAUUCCUGGAGAUCUAUCAUCAUCAUAUAUCGUCAUGCGAUUCUGAAUUCUUCUCCACAUUUUUUAAUCCAACACGCAAACUGAGUAAAUCAGCCAUCAAAUUGGCCAGUUUACUGCUCGAACGUCAGCCGGAACUGGCAAAAACAUUUAUCGAACUUCUACCCGAUCAUCUAGAGCAAAAGGAACUCAUUUAUCCACUGCUGGAUGUGGCCUUUGCCAAGAAGUACGAGUUGCCUCAAUCGCUGUUGCAGCGUUGCUAUCAAACCUACAAGAGCGGCUUCAUGAAGAGUAUCGAGAAGCCACAGAAGGCUGCUCUUAUAUAUCGAGAGCACUCAGAUGCCAGUUGUGCUUUGAUUGCCCUAUGUAUGCCCAAGUCAGAGUGUCUCGAUUAUUGCCAGAAGCAGUUGAAACUUGACUCUGUAGAACUGUUUCAGAUGAAAGUGUUGCGUGAGAUUUACUGGCAGGCUUUGGCCUCCAGCAAGGAUGAAGUGCAGCGUGGAACAGUUUUUGUUGGCUACAUCAACUUGCAAAUUCAAAUGUUGAGCCUCGAUCUAAAGAAACAGAGUGUGGAGGCACUCAAGAUUGAGCAGAUGGCCUGGAAUUGCUACGAGUGGUGGCAGCAGCCGCAAAUCAAGGAAUUGCAAUUGGAUUGGAGUCGUCUAUUGAAUGCAUCGCACUGGAUAAAUUUCUGCAAAAGUUGUCUAAAGACAGCGCUUCAUUUAUCGGAAGAUUCCCAGCAGCAGCAGCAGGCGGAUCCACUUCAUGGACUCUUGCUUAAGCUUCUCGCGUUCCUUUGUGAUCGUCUGUACGAGGACUAUAACUUGGAAGAUGGUUCCGGCCAGGAUGGGGCAGAGGCAACUCCUUCUCUAUUGUAUGAAAUGAUCUGCACACAUUCCUGCUCGUUUGAUCAUUUGCUGGGCAACCAAAGUGAGGUAAAGACCCAAAUCUUAAACAUAAUGGAAACACUGGCAAGGAAAGCUCCAGCUGCCUUACACUCCACCCACAUCCCCGUCAUCCUGGGUGCAUAUCAGGCGAAAUUAUCAGCUGCUGAUCGUUAUGCCUUGGCUCUGCUAGAACACUACGAACGCUUCGAUGUGGGUCUACAGCAGUACAGACCAUUUAUUUGGGGGGAAAGCGCCGUAGCCCAUUAUGCCCUAAGAGCCACCGAUGAGGAUGAACGAGCUAAGCUACAGCAGCAGGAAACCAAUGUGGCCCAAGUGCUGGCCUUAAUAGUGCGGCAGACAUGCGAAUAUACCAUUGAAAACUUUCCCAUUUGGCGGAGUCUUCAUGCCAGGGAACAAUUACCGAAGUUGCAAUUUGAGAAUCCUUUAAUUAAGUUCCAGGCAUUUGGCGAUAACCUCCUGGAACAAAUGGUGGAGCAAGGUGUGCAAGAGUAUUCGCAGGAGCUGCGACGUAUCUGUCCCAAAAGAGAGACAAUCUACGAGAAUUGCUAUGAUCCCGCAUUCAUGGUGCCGUUAAUGCUCCACUGCUUCGCUCCGGAAUCUGUGGUUCGCGCCCGUUGGCCCGUCCAAAAUGGUUUGCUCGCUUUGAGUUUUUGUGGCUUGUCCUCGCUGGAUAAAGAUAUGCGAUUGGCGGCAGCCAAUGCCCAGCAACGCUAUCGGACACACUUUGAACUAUCCAAAUUCUAUGAGCGUCCAUUGUGGACGCAAGCCUAUGAUAAUAUACAGGCGGGUUUAUCAGAGCUGCGCACCUCGUGGCUGGCCCAGAGGCGAACACAUGGCGGAACUCCAAGGGUUCCGCUUAUUCCGGCCCUCUUCAUCGCCCAUAGCUUUAAUUUGAGCACAGAACCGACGCACUUACUCUACAAACGUUUGAUGAUGUACUUGAGAUUGAAACAGAGUUUCAACUUCCAAACUAUUCCCGAUUUCAAUGUGUUCUUCUACUCUCCCGAGCCGGAACAUCAACAGUAUCGUGAGUUCAUUGUGGAACUGUUGCGUUGUGGCAUCAAAUGCAGUGCCGAUCUCUUCCUGCUGGUGUCCACGAAUACGUUUAAAGUGCUGCUCGGCUUCUACGGUUGUAGUAUGGCCACUCUGGAUACCAAUCUGUUGCUUCUCUCUGUGCUCUCCACAUGCGUGAAAAUUCCUGGCGCUGUGAAAAUCAUGUUGGAGCAUGCGGGAAUUCUCCCUUGGCUGCAGGGCGUCAUCCGAGACACAGAGUUCCAUCAAUUCGACAUUAUCGAGGGAAUCAUAAGCAUUAUCAACAACUUAUGGUACGCCCUGGCUGCUAGUAAAUCGGAGUUACCCGACUAUGCCCAUUUCCAAUUGCGAUUGCAUAGACUGAUCCUCCAGUUGCUGCCGAUGCUCUCGCCACGGAUAUCAGUUCCUGCAUUGGCUCGUCUUCUGAAUGUACUCUGGAAAACGGCCACGAUUUGUGGCCAACAUGGGGCAAUGUCUGGUGAUCAAUUGGAUCAACUUUUGGAAUGUCUUUCCCGUCACUGGCCAGAUCAACUAAGUGAAGUCCGCUAUGUUCGCUCAUUUGGCGGCUCUGCAGCCUGUUCCCGUUCCGAAUACUGCAAAUGGUUGGCCAACGAUCAACAAUUGGAAGUCCAUGCUGUGCUCGCCCUCUCAAGUCUACGUGAAUACAUAAGUGAUUGGUGGGUAGCCAACAAGAAGAAUAUUACCUCAACCACUUCUCCCCCUCCAGAGAGCUCGACUUCGACGACGACUGGCGUGGCAUAGUCUUCAUUUUAGAAUAAAUAUUGGAAAUUUGUUUAUCGUUUAAGUAUAAAGUUGUUUGAAUAUAGAUUGUACAUCAAUUAUCCAGCUAAUGUUUUCUUAUUUAAUGUAAUCUCCAUAACACAGCUAAAAUCAUUUUGUAUUAAAUUAAAAAUUUGUUAGGAAACCAAUUGUUAUAUCAUUCUAUGGAAAUGCAUUAAAAGUAAAAGUAAUUUAAAAGUUUUAA